GAAUUCCGAUGUUAUGGAUCAAUGUUGGCUAACAACAUCUCCUCGGUAUUUAAAUUUAUUGGACCCAAUUAUGGCACAGCCUGUUCGUUGUUCGCUUUGCAUCAAGCAGUUACUGCGAUACGCACCGGCGAAUGCGAUGCCGCUAUUGUUGCUGGUUCGAACCUUAUACUGGAACCGAGGUACUCACUUCAAUUGGAACGUUUACAAGUACUGUCCACAGAUGGUAAAUGUAAAGUGUUCGAUAGCACGUAUGAUGGUUACGUGAGAGCUGAAGCAGUGGUAGCGAUAUAUUUGCAGAAGAAAAAAGACGCACGCAGAGUAUAUGCCACGGUAAUUCGCACGAAAACGAAUACGAAUGAUUGCACGUUGGAGUACAGCGGGGCCUCUAGCAGAGAAAUGCUGAACAAAUUGAUACGCGAAAUAUACAAAGAAGCGGAGAUUAAACGUGCAGAUGUGGUUUAUGUAGAAGCCCAUGGUAUCGAUACAGUAGACGAAGAAAUCAAAUCGAUCAAUGAAAUGUUUUGCCAAGAUCGCACUAAGGAGAAACCACUAUACAUAGGCUCCGUAAAAUCCAACAUGGGUCAUGCAGAAGCCGUCAGCGGACUGUGCUCAGUUAUUAAAGUCUUGAUCGCGAUGGAAACAAACAGAAUCCCUGCAAACUUACAUUUCAAUACCCCAAACUCGAAUAUUUCCGAGUGCAAUGGACGUUUGCAAGUGGUCGCUGAACAUAUGUCAUGGAAUGGUGGUUUUGUCGGUAUAAAUGCAUUUGGCUCUAGUGGUAAUAACGUACACGUCAUUCUUCACAGUAAUUCGAAGUUGAAGCCACCAGUAUCAAAUUUAGAAAAGCUUCAAUUACUCGUCGUAUCGGGUCGUACGAAGAAAGCCGUACACGUAUUACUAGACAAUGCAAAGAAGCAUAAAGAUGAUAAAGAGUUUAUUUCAUUAUUACAUGCUGUGCAUGCCAAUAACAUACCGGGACACAUAAUCCGCGGCUACGAAAUACUGCAGCGCGAUAAAACCCGUAAAUUGACCGGAAAGAACAAAGAUAUGAAACGUCCCAUCUGGUUUAUAUUUUCCGGUUUAGGUUUACAACGGCCGUCCAUAAGUUCCGAAUUACUUUUCAUCGAACCCUUUCGAAAAAGUCUGAAUCAAUGCAGAGAUAUAUUACUUCCUAUGGGCAUUUAUCUCAUGACAUACAUUUUAGAUGGCACUAAAAAAUCAUGCCGAAACAUAGUUAAUUCUACCCUGUCGAUUGUGACUAUCCAAAUCGCUCUCGUUGAUUUGUUGAAGUCAAUGGGAAUCAUUCCUGAUGGCAUGAUCGGAUAUUCUAUUGGAGAACUCUGUUGUGCAUACUGUGACUGUGAAGAAUUCACACUGGAAAAAACUAUCUUAACGGCGUGCAAUAGCAGCAAAACAAUCAAAUAUGCAGCAACAGAAACAGAAUAUUCCAAUCUGUUAUCAGGCACUAUGAAGAAAGUCUGUUUGGCUUGGGAAGAUAUCAAGAAGUAUUGUUUUACUGAUAUCCGCCAUGAUAUCAUCCUUUAUAUCUGUCACUAUUCUACACAUUCUUUUACCAUUUCCGGUCCUUCCGAAAAAAUAGAAACAUUCGUAAAAGAAUUGCCUAAAACAAUUGGCAAAGAGAUUGUUUUUCAAAAUAUUAACAGUUAUGGUGUUGCUUUUCAUAGCAAAAACAUGGCCGAGAUCGAAUCUCAAUUGAUUGCCGCAAUUGAGAAAAUCAUAACAAAACCAAAACCAAGAUCGUCCAAAUGGAUUUCUAGUUCAAUAAAUCCCAAAGUUACGGAAGAAAAUCAACUCCGUCAUUUAAACUCAGCGGAGUAUCACGCAAAAAAUAUGUCAUCGCCUAUACUGUUUCUGGAGACGAUUAAGCAUAUUCCAGACAAUGCGAUAAUAAUCGAUAUGAUGUCGCAUUUAUGGUCAUACGAUAUUUACAAAUUAUUGCCAAAAACGGUAACUAAAAUCAGUCUGCAAAACAAGAAUGAUCCAAUCAACGCUACUUCUUUAUUGUUCGCAAUAGGUGAACUGUACAUGGCCGGCGUACAACUUGACAUCUCAAAGUUGUAUACGCCGUUAAGCUUUCCCGUCGGUCGCGGAACACCAAUGAUCGGACAUCUGAUUAGAUGGGAUCAUUCCAUAUGGUGGAAUGUACCUAGAUAUGAAAUGGAACAAUGGAGAAAGUACAUUGAAAUAGAUUUGUCGAAUAUAAGCCACGUCUCAAUGGGAUAUAAGAUAAACGGAAAAAUGAUUUUUCCACAAACUACUUGUCUAUAUUUGGUGUGGAAAGCUUUUGCAUCAAUGCAGAAUACGACGUUUGACCAGUGGCCUGUGGUCUUUAAGCGUGUACGGUUUCAACAUAUCAUUUUUAUGUCAAAAAAGAAAUGGAUCAAAUUAAUAAUAAGCAUUUCAAAGAACACGGGUGCUUUUGAGAUUUUCGAAGACAAAUCGGUAGAUAUGAUCGCUAGCGGAUACAUCCAUGAACUUUCUAUCGCAGAACGUCAAUGGACGCUUCCAUUAUCCGAUAUACUUAGUUCUUUGACAUUAAAAAUGUAUUUUAUAAACGAGAAGCAUAUUUUCAAGGAAUUAAGUCUACGCGGAUACGAAGACAACAAUUUAAGUUGCAUAAAGUAUUGUUCUAAUAGCGGUCAAUACGGUAAACUUAUGUGGCCUGGUAAAUGGAUACCGUACAUAAAUAGUAUGUUUCAAUUUAACAAUUUGCUGUAUAUCAGUCGCGAACCACAGUAUAUAUCGUAUAUUCAGGAACUCGCAAUUAACCCUCUCCAACACAAACUUGAAUUAUUACAAAAUUACACUUUGCCGAUAUAUAAUUACCAAUACUUUGGUAUCAGAUCAAGUAGUAUUAGUAUUAAAGGAUUAGAAACUUUGACACCUUGGUGGCAGAAGCCUCAAAGCAAUAUCAAAUAUGAACAAUAUCAUUUCGUGCCCUAUGAAUUUGGUCCUAAUGACAUUCCGAACAACAGACAAGAUUCCGAGAACAGCCAAAAGGAUAAUACAGCACUUACCGUGUUGUUGCAAAUCAUGUGCGAGAAUCUGACAACGCACAAAAUUAAAAUUGUAGAAGUCGCUGAUAAACGAGCUAGAGAAUCACUUUUAGGACCGCUUGUACGCAAUAUACUUCGUAGCCUUGAACCCUUGAUUACCAUCAACCUGACAGUGACUAUUGCAUCUUUUAAUGAUCACAUGAAAUACAGCGAGCAGGACCUUAAGUGUAAGAUUGUGGCAACGGAUGCAAGCAAGGUACCCCCCGCUGAAAAUGCUCAUCUCGUUAUAGCAGCGGAUGUUUUAUCAAACCACUCUGACAUCGUUCUCCGCAACUUGAUAAAUGCUUUAAGCCCCGAGGGUUUCAUUCUUUUAGAAGAAACUGCCGAACAAGAAAAAUCACUAGAUAUAUCGUCUUAUACAAAUGUGGUAUUGGUCGCAAAAUAUAUUGAUGCAAAAAGGACGUAUAUAUUGUUGAAACAGAAGGAAAAGAACAAAAAUAAGGUUAAAAAUAUAUUUAUAACAAAUGAUGUGAAAGAUUGGUUAAAGGAUUUGAAAGCAUAUAAAGAGUAUCAAAAUGUACUUCUCAUAUGUUAUAACAAAAAAAUGGAGGAGAGUAAAGUAAAAUUUAAUAAUAAUAAUGGUAUUAUCGGAUUAGUGAAUUGCAUACGAAAAGAAUAUUGCACUGUUAAAACGCGGUACAUUUAUGAUCAGAUACAUACUAAACCUUUAAAUCUUAAAGCUGAGAUAUUGACAAAUAACUUUUAUAAGAAUCAAUUAUGCAAGGGAUUAGUAGCCAAUGUGUAUAAAAAUAAUAAAUGGGGCAGCUAUCGAUAUUUACCAUUAGAUGCCGUGCGCAGCAAGUUUUCGGUGGCACACGCCUAUGUCGGCACUGCGAUGGAAAAUAAUUUGCACAAAUUGAUAUGGAUUGAGAGUCCAUUAAAUUGUUACAUGCCCAAAUCAAAUUCAAACAAGAUCAUCUGCAAAGUGUACUACGCGGCGAUUAAUAAAGAAGAUGUAUCGUUAGCAAACAGCACAAUAUCACCGCAAGGUGUCUUAAAACCAACAAUGGACGACCACUAUGACGUGAUUGGGCCGACACUGGGAUGUGAGUUUUCUGGAAGAGACAAGGCUAACAACAGAUAUAUGGGAAUAGUCAAAACCGGAGGAUUGGCGAGCACUGUGCUGGCAGAUCGGAAUUUCCUUUGGAACGUACCCGAUAAAUGGACAUUGGAAGAAGCGGCGACGAUACCGUUCGCUUAUGUGGUUAGCUAUUAUGCACUGUUUGUACGGGGUGACCUGAAAUCCACAGAAAGUAUUUUGAUUCACAAUGGUGCGGACCAUAUUAGCCAAGCUGCAAUUACUAUCGCUCUACACGCCGGUUGCACAGUUUUCACUACCGUUUAUACGCAAGCACAAAGACAAUAUAUCAAAGAUGUCUUUCCGAAAUUGACCGAUGAGUUUAUCGGCAAUAUCCAACAUUUCGUAGAAUUUAUCCUUGCAAAGACGGAAAAACGUGGAGUUAAUGUGGUACUGAACUCGCUGCCAAAAGAGAAACUACAAGAUACCAUAGAAUGCCUCGCAAUUGACGGUCGUUUUCUUGAUUUAACGAACAACGAAAGUACAAUGUCUGUACAAGAUAAAUUCUUUUACUAUAUAAACCGCUGUACAGAUUUAUUACACAAAAAUUUGUCGGAAAAAAAGAAAGUGGUAAAGCUCGUUCAGGAAGGAAUUGAUAACAACGUCGUACGUCCUUUACAGAGCGAAGUGUUUUCAAAGUACGAUCUUGAAAAAGCAUUUAAAUGCCAAACAGAUCAGACCGAUUUUUGUGAUUUCAAAAAAGUACUACUGAAAAUCCAUGACGAUCAGGUAAGUGAGGCUGAAUUAGUGGACCCAGGAAUCUAUGCCGUGCGACGUGUUUACAUGAACCCGUGUAGAACGUACGUGAUAGUCGGUGAUCGCACAAUCAGUGAGUUCGGUUUAGAACUAGUCAACUGGUUGAUCAUCCGCGGUGCAAGACACAUCAUUCUUGUAGCUUUGUCGGACAAAUGCACGGAAUAUCGGAAAUGGUGCGAGCAACGCUGGCAGGACAACGGCAUUAAAGUUGUCCAUUACAAGCACGAUCUUACAACACUACUUGGUGUCACAUGCAUGACCACAGAGAGCCAGAUAUCGGGGCUAUUUCCAAUAGGAGGUAUAUUCAAUCUGGCAGCCUUUCUGCGUGAUAAGGCUAUUGAGGAUUUAGAAGAGGCCGACUUCAAAGCAGUGAUGUUACCUAAAAUCGACAUAACAAGAAAUUUGGAUGUACUUGAUUAUUAUUUCCCAAAAUUGAAAUACUUUGUCGUAUUUUCGUCCAUGACAGCUGGCCGAGGUAAUAAGAAUCAAUGCAAUUAUGGUUUCGCAAAUUCUGCUGUGGAAAGAUUGAUUGAACAAAGAAAAGAAUCGAAAAAACCCGGUCUUGUUAUUCAAUGGUGUGCUGUCGCAGAGAGCUUAAUAAUAGAUGAGGAAAAUGACAUUGCCAUCACAGCCGAUACUAUACGAAACAUAUCGAGCUGCCUUGAAGCUUUGGAUUAUUUUCUUCAGCUCGAGACUCCUUGUCCUGUGUUAUCUGCAAGUAUAAUGAGAAACACAAAUCCGUAGCCAUGGAACUUGAUUAUUUUAAGGAACUAUUAUCUUAUAUUUAUACACUGCACAUACCACAAAUUAUAAUUUAUUCAUUCUAAAUUGAAAAAGAAACUAUUACUUCGCUACUAGCCAUAGAGGCAUAAAUUUAGUGAAUCCCGACGAGUGUCUGAAUACUUUGAGUAUGAAUUCGCUGAAGGAGAUAGAAGUAAAGCAGGCGCUUGGAGUUAUUGUAUUAUCUCUAAAGAAACCUGUGCGUUUACUAUCUCGAAUUUGCGCGAUCUAGCCUUGUAAUUGUUCUUAAAUUUUUAUUCCUUAUUAUAUAUGCAUGUUAUUAUUUAUCACAGAAUAUAAAGCAUUGUUUAUUAAAGUAAAUGUCUAGAUUUGCUCAACGGUGUUACGACAAUCUCCAUGAGUUCGCGUGUAUUUUUUUUAUUGAUUUAUUUUCUAAACACAAAAAAAUUUAUUAAAAAUUGUACAUCUGCAAUGUUUA